AUGUCCUUCAUUCGGUACGUGCGGAAUAUCCGCAGGACAGGGAUUAAACAAUGGUGGCAUCAAUUGCAGUACAUUGGAGACGCUAAGGCGGGAACGCUCAUUGGAACCGACCAGUUCGGUAACAAGUACUUUGAAAACCUGAACCCGGACGAUGAAAUUCCAGGGCGUCAUAGAUGGGUGGACUUUGCUCAACAUUACAACAAUGCCACCCAGGUCCCACCUGAAUGGCAUUCGUGGCUAUCGCACAUCCGCUUGCAGCCACCCACGGAGGAUGCCGUCAUGCAAAACAUGUCUCCACCAUGGAAGGCGCCCUGGGCAGAGAACCUGACGGGUACGAGAGGUGCCUAUCGGCCGUAUAACACGGUGAAGCCAAAGAUUGAUGCUUGGGAGCCGAAGGUUAUAGCGCGAGGGCGAGGCACGUCCCAUAGAUUGUCGGGAGCCAAGUGA